AGGGGGCGUCGGCGUCGACCCGGAAGUGCUGGCAGAGCCUCGGCUGCUGCUGCUCCCGGGCGAUGGCGGCGCUGCAGUUCGGCCCGGGAGGGCCUUCCUUGGCGGGGACGGGCGGCGGCGGCGCUUCCACUUCUGUGGAAGAAACCGGAGCGGCGGCUUUGGCGGGGGAAUCCUUCCCGAAGGACUUCGGAUACGGCGCCGACGAGGAGGAAGAGGAAGAUGAGGAUGAUGGGGAAGCGGGAGGAGUAGGAGGAAGCGGAAGCGGGGUGACGGGCGGAGGGGCCCCGGAGGAGGACGACGAGGACGGCGAGGAAGAGGGCGACGUCGCGGGCGGGGCGGGGAUCGAGCUGGGCCUGGGCUCCGGAAGCGGAAGCGGCGCGGGGGACGCCUCGAAGCAGCCCCGGAUCCUCUUGAUGGGUCUCCGGCGGAGCGGGAAAUCCUCCAUCCAGAAGGUGGUCUUCCACAAGAUGUCGCCCAACGAGACGCUCUUCCUCGAGAGUACCAACAAGAUCUACAAGGACGACGUCUCCAGCAGCUCCUUCGUCAACUUCCAGAUCUGGGACUUCCCGGGACAGAUGGACUUCUUCGACCCGGCCUUCGACUACGAGAUGAUCUUCCGGGGCACCGGGGCCCUCAUCUACGUCAUCGACGCCCAGGACGACUACAUGGAGGCCCUGACCCGGCUCCACAUCACCGUCUCCAAGGCCUACAAGAUCAACCCCGACAUGAACUUCGAGGUCUUCAUCCACAAAGUGGACGGCCUCUCCGACGACCACAAGAUCGAGACGCAGAGGGACAUCCACCAGCGGGCCAACGACGACCUGGGAGACGCCGGGUUGGAGAAGCUGCACCUCAGCUUUUACCUGACCAGCAUCUACGAUCAUUCGAUAUUCGAAGCCUUCAGUAAAGUGGUACAGAAGCUGAUUCCGCAGUUGCCAACGUUAGAAAACCUGCUGAAUAUUUUCAUAUCAAAUUCAGGGAUUGAAAAAGCUUUCCUCUUUGACGUCGUGAGCAAGAUCUACAUUGCCACGGACAGCUCCCCAGUUGAUAUGCAGUCCUAUGAACUCUGCUGCGACAUGAUUGACGUGGUCAUCGAUGUCUCCUGCAUCUAUGGGCUGAAGGAGGAUGGAAGUGGAAGCGCUUACGACAAGGAAUCCAUGGCCAUCAUCCGGCUCAACAAUACGACCGUCCUGUACCUCAAAGAGGUGACCAAGUUCCUAGCCUUGGUCUGCAUCCUGAGAGAAGAGAGCUUUGAGCGCAAAGGCUUGAUAGACUACAACUUCCACUGCUUCCGGAAAGCCAUCCACGAGGUCUUUGAGGUGGGCCUCUCCUCCCACCGGGCCUGCAGCCACCAGGCCAAUAUCCCUGGCCUGAAGGCAGUGACUCACAAUGGCACCCCUAGGAGCGCUGUCUGAGGCAGGGCGGCAGUCAAGAUGGUGGCCACCCAGAGAUUGGAGACAGGAGGGGCCUGCCCUCAAUGGCCACAGAAGGAGGCCUUGCCCUGGGCUGCUGCCCCUGGAGAGGAAUGGCCUUGGGCAGCGGGUGGAGCGAGGUGGCCGCUUCUGCUUUGCUGACGGCCUUGGCCCUGACCCAGCCUUCUUCUUCAGCGGUUGCUUGGACUUCCCCCUCAGAGAACACCGGGCCUGGAUUGCUGCGGCUGAACUGGAACCGGCUCAGUGUUACGUUGCUAAACCAAUUCAGUUCCCGGUUGCCAGGAAGUUGCCGAAACCCAGAGCGUUGCAUCUUGUGGCUUAGUUGAGCACAAUUGCAAGCAUUCCAUGUCGUCCUUGGUUUCGUGGUGACAAUACCUGAAAAAUAAUUCCGUUUUUUGUGCCUCGGUGAAGGAGCUGAUUUCCAUUUCCAGAGAAGAAUUGGCAACCUAGCUGUGUUGCUUGGAGCUGGUUUGGAGGCCUGGGCCUGGUGAUGAACCGGUUAACGAGCUUCUGUUACGGUUCCUGUCUGGUUUUGAGGCUGCUUUUUGUAGUAAACAACUCCAGUUUUGCUGAUGUCUCUGUGGGCUUGGUGCGCGUUGGAUCCUCAGGCCCGUCCUUGCAGAAAGGUCUCGCUUCUGUGCACCACAAUGGCGGCUGAUGGGCAGCCCUGGGCUCCAUUCCGUUUUGCAGGCAGGGAAGCGCCUCGCAUUCAUUAUUGCCUACUGCCCUCCUACCAUUUGCAGCCUCUGCUCACCUCCAGCAUGCACCAAUGUCCGAGGGCCCUUCUGAGCAGAGAUGACCCCUUGGCCAGAGCCUCCAGUCACAUUUCUUUCCCAAAGGUCUACGGAAACCUAUGCUCUGACAGACCCAGCUCUCCUUGCUUCCUUGUUGUCGUCUUCUUUGGAGGGGACCUCUCACUCUGCUCCAUUAAUAAAAUGCCUUUAUCUCCA